GCAAAGUUUGGAAUUCCUCCAGGCUCUAGUCUUGAAUAUGAAGUUACCCUAAAAUCUUUUGAAAAGGUGAAGAGUGUUCAGACCCUGUCCUCGUUUUCUGAGCAGAUAGAGCAUGCACAGAAAAUAAAAAACCGUGCGAAUGAAUACCUCAAGGUUGGAAAACACACUCUUGCGCAGGACAUGUAUAACAAAUUGCUGAGUGAACUUCUCUAUAUCGUCACGGAUGGUGUCAAAGAAAAACAAAUUCUCGAUCAAGAAAUGAUAGCUAUUCAUCUUAAUUUGGCCCUAUCAUACCUUCGGGAGAACAAUCCCGCUGGCGUCAUUGAAAACUGUGAUAAGGUUUUAGAUUUUAAUGCAUCCAACGAGAAGGCUUUGUUCAGAAAGGGAGAGGCCUUCUUGCUUCGAGGAGAUGUGGAGCAGGCUCUCCAGUUGUUUAAGCGAGUUCAGAAGGCACACCCGGAGAAUACUGCUGCCGCAGCCAAAGUUCGAGUCUGCGAAAACACAUUGAAAAAAGUGAACGAGCAGGAGAAGAAAAUGUUCCGAUCAGCAUUUAUGCGUUUGCAGAAGACCGGCUUUGGUUCGUCAGAAGAAACGCCUAAAACUGAAGCGCCAACUGCUGAGGCGCCCCCUGCGGAAGCAUGA